AUGGCGGGCCUGAUCCACACCUAUGGUCCGAGUUGCCUGCUUGUGGAUGAAGAGCAGGACCUCACCCGAUUUCAAUCGCUUCAAUCACCACCAGAAUUCCGGGCACAGUUCUUCUAUAUGUCAUCAUUACCGAUCGAUGAUCCACUGGCUCCUCUACCUCCACCGGCAAGCCAGGGUACCGGCAAUGAGAGACAUUCUCCCACGCCAUUCUCGGCCAGGGAUAACAUCGCCUUAGAGGAAGCUUGGCGUGAUCUUCGGGAAGCGAGAAAGACCAAAGUCCCUGGGAACUACAGAUCCAGGCCAAAUACGUCGACGGGACCCCCUGAGAUAGAGGUGCCUGGUCAUGAAUCGGUCUCGAACGUCGAACGCCGCAAGGCAGCCAACCAAGAGGACCCCUCAUUGGUUGACAGUAGAGGAAGCACUCUGAGCAACCCUGUAUCAUUCCCGGAUGACCUACCCUAUCGCAGUUACAAGAGGCACCUCACUUGCGCUACCAGCGGUGCUGCAAUCAGAACCCGUGAACUCGGCAAGGAAAAUCGAUUGGACUCUCCACUGGGUGAUGGGUCUAUCUACAACACUACGAGGGAAAUUGCCAUCGAUCGGAAAAGAGUGCGCUCGUCUUCCAUCAAUGAGUCCAGUGUUACCAAACGAAGAGGCAGUUCUCAACUGGAAGCCGAGAACGUGGGCGAAGGCGACGAGGGGAUUGGAAGUCUACGAGCUGACCGUUCUCACGAUGCAAGCAUGAGUGGCUCUCCUUUUAUACGGGCGCCGGCAUCUCAGCCUCAAACACCGCUUGGUCGCUCACUGGAGUCGUCUUCGUCAAGAGAAGGAGGCGAAGGGCAGGCAGAACUCCGAACCGGUGCUGCUUUUCAAGGUGCUCCAAAACUUUCGGGCCUCAGAAUGACUGUGAGCCUCGAUAAAGUGACCCAGGAAUUGCAGCGGGAGAGGAUAGAGGAGCCAAACACCCAGUCAAAGAUUCCAGUUGGUGUCUCACGGCUUCAUCUAGUCGAGUUGCCGAGUCUCAAGAUGAAACCAAUCUACUGGAGCCCUCUUCAAGACAUAUCAAGUGUGGUCCGAGCUACUUGGUUCUACAAGAAUACCAUGCUGCCUGUGGAGACUGAACUUGCGAACAAAUUGGAGGAAGGCUACGUUUACUUGAAGCCAUGGAGCGACACUUGGCAAGAUGAACUGAAUAGUUGCGUAGAAAACGGGGCCGAUGCCGAGUUGAAAAUUGUUCAUCCGCUAUGGACAAAACAAGACAGUCGGCCUACAGCUGCAAAAGCGCCACAUAGUCGUGAUUCGCCUGUGGAUGAGGCAGAGGAUCCCUUUGUAUUCGCCGAAAAUCGAGCUGCUGGUGGCACUUCUGUUCAAUCUGAAAGUAUCAAGACAUACUACACAUCCAGUGCCAUCUAUGUCGAUGCAACAAAUGCUCAAGUGCUUCGCCCCAGCUUACUUCCCUCGGUGUCGAGGGGACGACGGCCCCUUAGUGCAAUCAGGAAAGGCCGUCAGAUAGGCAUACCUGUGAUUCGCGGCUUUAGUCGAAAACGAUGGGAACAACUGCACCCAUCAAAGCCGAAUCCCAUUGAUGUGCGCCAUUAUAUUCGCAAGGCUCAGUCGAACGUUCCUUCUGCGCGAGGUGAACAAAUCUGCUAUGCAUGCAAGAUGGAAGAGUCCCGGCCACGUCCAACGGACUUGGUUCUUGUUAUACACGGCAUCGGGCAAAAGUUAUCGGAGAGGAUGGAAAGCUUCCACUUCACUCAUGCUAUCAAUGCGUUUCGGCGAGAGGUGAACAUGGAGCUUAAUAAUGAACCUGUCUGGCCGCACGUGCGCCAAGAUCAUGGAGGAAUCAUGGUACUUCCUGUGAAUUGGCGCACGAACUUGUCAUUGGAUGACCCCGAACUUGAGACUGGUAUCGAAGACCCAGCUACCAACAAAUUUUCACUUACAGAUAUCACGCCCCAGACUCUUCCUGCGAUUAGAUCCCUGAUCAGCGAUGUGAUGCUUGACAUCCCUUACUAUUUGUCACACCACAAGCCGAAGAUGGUCAAGGCGGUGAUUAGAGAAGCGAACCGUGUGUAUCGCCUCUGGUGUAAAAACAACCAGGGGUUCCAAGACCAUGGCCGCGUACAUCUCAUCGCUCAUUCGCUCGGAAGCGUGAUGGCUGUAGACAUUCUUAGCAAUCAGCCAACACAUGUUCCUCGGUUUGACUUUUCCAAUACAGCUUUACAAAGCGAUGUGUUCGAGUUUGAUACUAGACAUUUAUUUCUCUGCGGAAGUCCAGUCGGCUUCUUUUUACUUCUCAAUAAGGCUAGUCUUGUUCCCCGAAAAGGUAAAGACAAGCCGGGCAGCAAUGGCGAUGAUUUACUUCAUGGCGUAGCCGGCGAAGCUGGUCAAUACGGCUGUCUCGCCGUAGACAAUCUCUACAACAUCAUGCACACAACGGACCCAAUCGCGUACCGAGUCAAUGCAACUGUAGAUUCAGACCUCUCCAACUCCCUCAAAAUGGGCUCUAUCCCCAGCUCCACCUCCACCUUCUGGCAAUCCAUCGGAAGCGUCUUCCGCUGGAGCACAACCCCGUCAACAUCAUUGUCCUCCACAGCCCCUACCCGCCCUGCAGCAGUCUCCAAGCUCCCAUCUAAUGUUGAACUCGAGAUCCACGACUUUACUCGCGAAGAGAUCGCUGAAAAACGCAUGCUUCUACUCAAUGACAACGGGCAAGUUGAUUACUAUCUCUCGGGUGGUGGCGGCCCGUUGAAUAUCCAGUACCUCAACAUGCUGAGCGCACAUAGCAGUUACUGGACACUGGGUGAUUUUGUGCGGUUUUUGGUAGUGGAGAUUGCGAGAAAGCCGGGGAGAGAAGGGACGCUGCCUGCUUUCCGGUCUGAGAAGAAGAAGGGAUGGAAGAAUUUGAAAGGGUGA